UCACACGCUCACGUACGCGCGCUCUCUGUCAGUCAAGCCUGUCAGCCAGUCAGUCAGUCAGUUCGCUGAGUUAGUUGACGUGAACCAAACGCCAACGAGAAACAGCAGCGAAAGAAAAAGAACAAGAAAAAAGAAGCCCUGGGUGGAUGUGAGUGAGUGUGUGAGGGGCGGGAGGUGGGGGGGAGAAGAGCGAACACACACUUACACUCGCAGAGAGAGAGGGAGACCACGCAUUGAACGGGGGGCAAACACAACAAAACUCUCCACGUGCUUUCCUUUUUCGUUUUAAAAAGCAAAACAACAACAAAAAGACAAAAAACACACGGUUUGUGCGCGUGAACCAUGACGGCGAAGACUUUGGAGAAAAGCCCCGUGUUCGUGCACCCGCUGUCCGAGGGCAUUUACUCUGUGGAUGAGCUCAGCACCUCCCUCACAGUCUUCCCGAGCGGAGACGCGCCGGCCCACUACGAGCACAUGAGCGCAGAUGGCUUGAUUAAUGGUGAUAUGAGUGUGGAGAAGCGGUCUCUAGACUUGUCCUAUGCCAGCGGCUUCGCUCAGCCGGCAGCUCCCCGAAACCAGACCCUCACCUACAUGGGCAAGUUCUCCAUCGACUCGCAGUAUCCGGCCAACUGGAACCCGGAGGGCGUGAUCAACAUUGUCAGCGCGGGUUUCCUGGGCAUGGCCCAACCUUCCUCAGCCUCCUCCUCUCCAUCCUCCUCCGUCUCUCCGGGCCACUUUUCCAGCACCAUCAGCUGCACAGCACCGCAGACUCAGGCCGACAUGGACCACAUCUAUUCCCCUCCGCCUCCUUAUUCAGGGUGUGGAGAGGUGUACCAGGACCCGUCUGCAUUUCUCUCAACUUCAGCCUGCCCCAUCUCCUCGUACCCACCUCCAUCCUACUCCUCGCCCAAAGCCACAGGAGAUGCCGGUGUCUUCCCCAUCAUUCCAGACUACGCAAGCUUCUUCCAGCCACCAUGCCAGAGGGACAUACCAUCCAUUCCGGAGCGGAAACCCUUCUCCUGCCCACUGGACUCCUUCCGGGUGGCUCCUCCCCUCACCCCGCUCAAUACCAUCCGGAACUUUACCCUGGGUGCUCCGCCUGUGUCCGAGGGUUCCCGGCUUCCAGCAGCAGCCUAUGGUCCCCAGAACCUUCCGCUGAGGCCGAUUCUGCGGCCCAGGAAGUACCCAAACCGUCCCAGCAAGACUCCGGUGCAUGAGCGGCCAUACCCUUGUCCAGCGGAGGGCUGCGACAGGCGCUUCUCCCGCUCAGAUGAACUCACACGCCACAUCCGCAUCCACACGGGUCACAAGCCCUUCCAGUGCCGGAUAUGCAUGCGCAACUUCAGCCGCAGCGACCACCUGACCACGCACAUUCGCACGCACACGGGAGAGAAGCCCUUUGCCUGCGACUUCUGUGGACGGAAGUUCGCCCGCAGUGACGAGCGCAAGAGGCACACCAAGAUUCACCUGAGGCAAAAGGAAAGGAAGUCAUCUACAGCCCCCUCAAACUCAGAGCGCUCCAUCAGCAUCGGAUCCUCAGCCAUCUGCUCGUCCAGCUCGGGCCAGUAAGCCCGCCACCCGCCCCCUCCACAAGACCAGCAGUUCCUAACCCCUGCUCAGUUUCCUUGCUCAUAUACACUUGAUCCAACUAAUCAGCAAUUUAACAAGCCCUUCCUGAAUUGAAAAGCAGGAUGUGCAGAACAGCAUUCCAGGACAAGGUUUGGGAACAAGUGCCCAAUAUGACUAGCAGGGCAGCACGCAACACUAGGCAAUAUCCACAGUCCAAAUCUCCUGCACAGCUGGGGAGGGGAACAAAACUGGAAAGCCAAAGGACAUGGAUGAGGGACGGGGAACAUGCACGAUUCCUCAGUUUCUUUUAUUGCUUUUUCUAAUGGCCCCUAGUCUUGGUCGCAUGUUGACUGACCAAAACGCACUUUGUUUAUCAUAUUUAGGUCAAAUAAUUUAAUGAAAUAACAGCAGCAUGUGGGACUACAUGUUCUAAUUACAAAGUGCAAUGCACAUUUGGUUGAGAUAGGACUCGUGUGCUGGUCUGUGGGUCAUUGUGAAAGCUCACUGCAAAGCUACAGCCUCAUUCUUGCAAUAAUGCGGAAGCGAUUCGAACAUGAUUCUUGGCAAGCUGAACCUAACGUAGAUUUAUUGUGCCUUUGUAUCGUGUCUUUUUGUACAUAGCCGCAUACGCGAGGAGGCUUUGAAAUAAAAUUGUACAGUGGUCCUUUAAUAAGAAAGUUUUUGAGAAAAAAUAGUAUAUAUUUUUGUAUAAACUGUUUUGUGUCGCAGGUGUUCCCAUUGUGGUAAAAAGAAAUGUAAAUAAUUGGAGUCAUACAUGUGACGCUUGUUUUGUGGAUGUUUUCACUGAUAUGUUGUGGAAUGGGAUAACUAACGCAGGUCAGUGGCUUGCUGGCCUAACUUUCUCUGUCAUCGUGAUGAAAUAAUAAAUAAAACUUGAAUUGGGAUA